GGAUGUCCGGCCGCGGCCAUGGCGCUGGCGGAGGCGGGAGCCCGCGGGCGGCUCCUGCGCUGGCCUCGCGUCCUCCUCUUCGGAGACUCCAUCACUGAGUACUCCUUCCAGGAAAAUGGCUGGGGGGCAUACCUUGCUGAGAGACUGGUCAGAAAAUGUGAUGUUGUGAAUCGUGGGAUCUCGGGGUACAACACCAGAUGGGCUAAAUUGGUUCUUCCAAGACUGAUCAAUGAAAGUACUAGUGCUGACAGUAUUGUUGCAGUUACCAUUUUCUUUGGAGCUAAUGACAGUGCUUUGAAAGAGCUGAACCCUAAGCAACAUGUUCCUUUGGAGGAGUAUGCUGCCAACCUGAAGAGCAUGGUGCAGUACCUGAAGUCAGUAGACAUUACUGCAGACAGGAUUAUUUUGAUAACACCACCACCUCUUCAGGAAUCAGCUUGGGAAAAGGCAUGUCUUGCCAAAGGUGACAAACUGAACCGCUGCAAUGGCACCACCGGGCAGUACGCCCAGGCCUGCGUCCAGGUCGCCAGGGAAUGCGGCACGGACGUGCUCGACCUCUGGACCCUGAUGCAGAAGAAUCAGGAUUUCUCUUCCUAUCUGUCUGAUGGUCUUCAUCUGUCGACAAAAGGCAACAGCUUUGUAGCAGCUCAGCUUUGGUCACGCCUGGAAAACAAACUGUCUGCUCUUCCCUCGCUGCUUCCUUACUGGCGUGAUGUGGACCACACAAACCCCGAGGCCAGUCUUCUGUGACAUCCCUGCAGGGAGGAGCUGGGGCAGCCACCCAGACAGAGCCAGCCCAGUAUCCAGCAGCAUGCUGCAAACUGUGUCCUCAGGGAACAUGGCACUGGGCAGUCCCCAGCAGUGCUCUUCUCUGUCCCCUUCUCUUGGUCUGUGGGAGAAUAAAGGUGAGACCACUUAGGGUGUGUCCUGGGGUGGUUUUUCUUCAUGCUGCUGUUGCCAGGAUAGCUGUGGGAAUGAGUAGCUCUUUCCUUGGAGGACUCAGAGGAAAAUGAGUCUCAGCUGCUCUGUGGCCAAGAGAUAGAGGCUGCCCUGAGCAGUUCCUGGCUUUGCUGAGCUGUGGGGACUGCACUAUGAUUAAUACCAUCUUGCUUUAAACACAGAGGAGCUCAUAAGAGACAGUAGUGUGGAGUUUGUCAAGAGCCAUUAGUGUCAGUCCAAAUUAAUUAAUUUGGAUGUAAUACAGUAGGAACAGCAGUUCCCUAAGUUUUGCUUUGGCAGUGAAAGAGAGUAGUUUAGAGCAGGGCUUUUAAAAUUUAACUCACUCUGGCACCAGCAGCAGCUUCUUUAUACCCAACUCUUCUGUACAGGCACAGGUUUCAGACCAGUGCAUGUUUUUGGGCAUGGUGAUACACGAGCUUGGAGAAACUACUAGAAGAGAUCUGCAUCUCUGCUGAUAAAGCUAUACCGUAUGUCAUUUGCCAUGAAGUUAAGAAGACCUUUCAAAUGAGUUGUUAAAAUAAUUUUAUAACUCAUGUAAGUACUGCAGACUAUGCAGGUUUUGGCCAAGAGAACACAAACUACAAAACUGCCUUUACAAACCAAAAAAAGUACUGCCUGCAACCUAGAUGAAAUUCAACAAGUGUGGAAAAAAUGGUUUGGGAAAUGAUUGUCUAGCAAGCCAGAUAGCAGCAAAAAUGAGGAUACAGCUAACCAAGCAUAAAAACCAAAUAGCGUUAUCACUGCAGAUAUAAGCCCUCCAUAAUUCUGGGCUGUAUUAACAAUUAUGUUGAUAUGGAACAGGUGUGUUUAUUAUGUAAGGGGUGAGAGAAUAAUGGGAGGCUUUCAUGCUGUCCUGCACUGUUAGUCCCAUUAGACUGCCUUUGCUUCUUGAAAUAGUUAAGGAAUCUACUUACUGUCAUCUACUGUGUAACAGUGUUAUAAACUGGAGCCUAAGUCGUUAUUUUUCUGUUAUUUUCUGUGCCUGGAGCCAAAGCAGAAGUGAGUUUGAUGUAUAAAUAUUUAUGAGUAUUAAA